AUGCGGCAGGUUCAAUCAACCGGUGCAUCCAACUGGAUCCAAUUUACGCACCUCUACGUGCAAAAGACUAACAUCGCAACCGGAACACUCAAGGAGGACCGAAUAAUGGACUCACGAAGGAAGAAACAAGGAACUCCUCGGAGUCAAAUCAAUAAAGGUCACAAGCCGGAACUCGGAAGGACAAAGGUCACUCCAACAUCGACCAGACUACGACGGCGAGGGAUGCCAAGUUCAAAGGUCACCCAUAACACCCUUCGGGCCCAUAGCUGCCGAGCCACCCGAAGGAAGCACGAGGACCGAGGUGUUACCAGGCCGCCCAAGCCCAAUCAGGGUUCGAAACAUAAACCUCCCGGGCGUAACCAAUCCUCACCGAACACUGUUUUGGCACGUCGCCUAAAGUUACAGUCAGCAUAUUGCGCAACGUCCAAUCGCUCACGAUCUAGAGAGUUCUCUGAGUGCAUUCGGGCCAUAGUCCCUGCGGUAGAAUGGAGUGUUCCGUAUGGGCUACGUGGUGAUGCGUCGACACCAGGACUGAGCGGUGUGGGUGAGCCGGAAGUGGAGAACUUGGAACGCAUGGCGGAAGCUUGCGUGGGGCGCGACUGGAAGCUCGUAGGCGCCGGAGAAAUCCGGACUCCCUGCCGAAGAUCCGGUCCUGGAGGCAUCCGCAACUUCCAUUCAGAAUGGGAGAUGGUUCCACCAAGCCUCGCAACUUCGUAUCGAGGAGGUGAUAAAUGCCAGCCUGAAUUGCUUGUACAUCUAUUCAUGCUCGUCGCCAAUGGGGAACAUCGAGCGAUGGGGAUACAUCUCGAAAUAGCUCAUCGGUUAGAGCACGAAGCUGCUGAACGCAAGAUCCAUGGUUCGAAAACAACCCUAUUUUUUAUUCCUCCUGUCAAAGCCUGGAAAACCUGGUAG